AUGUCGUCUCUCGAUAGGUAUCCCCUCCGGCAACGCAAGUUUGCGCCUCUCAAUCCUGCUGUGAAAGAGUUGCCGAAUGCACCGCGUCUGGCGGGGGUUGUGUUUGAUGUGGACGGCACGCUGUGCUUACCGCAACAUUACAUGUUCUCCGAGAUGCGAGCGGCAUUGGGAAUCGACAAGUCAAUCGAUAUCCUUCAGCAUAUUCGGGACCUCCCCACAUCCCAGGAGCGUGAGGCAGCGGUUCAGAAGGUCCGGGAUGUAGAACGAGAGGCGAUGCUGAAGCAGGAACCGCAGCCCGGUCUCGUACGACUGAUGGAUUAUCUGCAGUCGCGCAAACUGGAGCGAGCGCUCUGCACGCGCAACUUUGAGGCACCUGUCCAGCACCUUAUCCGGAACCAUCUACCAGGACACAUCUUCCUCCCGAUAAUCACGCGGGAUACGCCCAAUGUACUCCCCAAGCCGGACCCGGCAGGGAUACUCUAUAUUGCAGAAGAGUGGGGGCUCAAGAAUAGGGCCGAUAGCUUGAUCAUGGUUGGCGACAGUCUGGAUGAUAUGACUGCCGGCCACACUGCCGGUGCCGCUACCGUCUUGCUCGCCAAUGAGCGCAACGGCCAUCUCAAGGAACACGAGCAUACGGAUCUCUGGAUCGACCGUCUGGACGAUCUAGUCGAGAUUCUCGAGCGUGGGUUUGUUGGUAAUGAGGUUGGAAAGAAGCCAGCAUAG